AUGCAUGCAAGUAUAUGCUCGCAGAAGUGUCUAAACGGCGGGAAAUGUAUACAGAAAGACACGUGCGAGUGUCCUAAAGGAUACUACGGAUUGCGCUGCGAAUAUUCGAAGUGCGUGAUCCCGUGCCUGAACGGGGGCCGGUGCAAGGGGGUCAACAAGUGCCGCUGCCCGCCCGGCCUCGGGGGCAACCACUGCGAGGUGGGCCGCAGGGGGGGCGAGUGCGUGCGCCCCUGCCGCCACGGGAUCUGCCGCGCCGGCGCCUGCGUCUGCGAGCCCGGCUGGCGCGGCAGAUACUGCCACCGCACUCAAGGUUCUUCAGAAGAAUCAGGUGAAUUUAAAAGGCCACGG